UAUGAUAAAAAAACCCGUAUGACGGUUCUUCGUGCUAUUUCGUUAUUGGCACAUGUUAUGGGCUCAGAAAUCACCUGUUCUAAAUUGCUUUCUGUAGUCGUUACCGCAUCUAAAGACAGUGCCGAAUAUAUCAAGUUUAAUGUUGCAAAGGUCUUGCAAUCGUUUAUUCCUUUAGUUGACCAGUCGGUGGUAGAGAAAGGCAUUAGGCCAUGCCUGGUUGAGCUGGCGGAGGACCCAGAUGUUGAUGUUCGUCAUUUUGCAAAUCAAGCUCUUCAAUCGAUCGAUCAAGUCAUGACGUCUAGCUAA